UCUGCGUAGUCCGCCCGAGCUCUGCCGACUGGAGGGAUGUGACCCCGGAACAGGACGCCCUCCUCUACAACACCCCAUUCAAACGGAUCUCGGCAGAAAAGUAAAGCUGGACCAGGAGGGAGCCACGGGAGCAGGGGGGAUGAACCGCGAGGAGGCGCCAGGGAAGUCUCCUGAAGACGUGUACAUCCAACAGAAAGUGCGGGUUCUACUCAUGCUUAAAAAAAUGGGAUCAAAUCUUACACAAAGUGAAGAGGCUUUUCUCCGAAAUUACGCUGGUGUGGUCCACAGUCAGAUGAGCCAGCUACCACAGCACAACAUAGACCAAGGUGCAGAGGACGUGGUGAUGGCGUUCUCCCGAUCAGAGACAGAGGAUCGACGACAGUGACCCAGGCCCCGCCCUCACACCCAUUACCCUGCCACGCACGUGAUCCACAACAACACACAACUGCACAAACACAAAACUGAUGAGCUCAGGAGACGAGGGGCGUCUAGAGGAGCAGAGGGGAAGAUGCAGCCGAUGCUGCCUCGCCCUCCACCCAAACCGUUUCGACUUCGUCCCGUCCUCACACGAUUACCUGAAAGAUGCACUUGAGUGGGUCACUGUGGGCAGAAGCCUUGGCAGUAAGGCGAUCUGUGAAAACACUCAAAUUGCGUGAAUGAUUUAUUUCUUUCGUUUGUUUUAUUGUGGCAGAGGUGGGCUGUUUGUUUUGUCUGAUAAUAUUUUUGUCCGAGUCGAGAUGUUAGUCCGCGUUUUAUCUGCUGCGGUUACCGGAGCUGACUAAUUGACCGAUAACUGAUUGUGUGAGAAAAGGAAGCUUCUAAUUAUUCUGCUUUAAUCCCAUCUAAGCUGGCAUUUGUUAAAGACAGCACGGACAUCACUUAUAAAACCAUUCACAGAAGUGCAUCAGCUGCUUUGACUGUAUUCCAGAGAAACUCAGAGAUGGAUACGAACUGCCAUGUACGUGCACACUUCAUCUACUAUAAGACUCACUAUUUAGAUGUCAAGAGCAGUAAAAAAAAACAAUUAAAGUAUGAAUUAAUGUAGUGUUGCUUUGUCUCGUAUGGUCACCAGGGAGUGAAAGCUCGUGUGUGAACAUCCUAAUAAAAGGCCACAUUGUUAACAAACUGUUUUAUGCUGCCUACAAAACAGGAUUGUUUUCAAACGUUAUUUAAAAUCUGUCCACAUUAGAC